AUGAAGCAGAAGGGAGGUGCGACGGCGCCGCCGCCGCCGAAGAAGAGCCAUAAACACAUGGCGAGCAUUGCCAGCCUCAUACGUGCGGAAGACAGGGCGGAGGAAGGCUGGAGCCCGAUAGGCACCACGUUCAAUAUCCCGCCAAACCCGCGUGCGGACCGGGCUGGAGAUGAUGCGAGGAACAGGGACAAAGGAAAGAGCGAGGAGGGCAUGGGAGUCGUGAGUGCUCUGUGUGCGCAUCGCGCUCGCAGUCGUGCAGACGGACAGACCGUGCUCGUGUACGUACAGAGCGUGUGA